GUGUUCGCAUCAGUCGGUCGCUAUCCCGGAAUCCAACUCGGCUCUCGAAAAUUUUCUAUUAAGCGACAAACAGGAAUCCAUCGAGGUUGCAAAGGAUGAGACAUGUGAAGGAGGGAGGGUGGCGGCACAUCCCAUGAUCCUCCACCUCACCGCAUUCUUCCUCCCCGCCGCACCCACAAUCCCCGACCUCGCUCUCGCAUCCGGCGCGCCGGUUCCGCAAGAGGUGUAUCACGAUCUCGCACCCCUCCACCCCCAAGUCGCGGUUUGGUGUGGUGGACUCCGAUUGGACGCCCCAAUCGGCUCGGUCACCGACGCGGAGGCAGAGGGAGAGGAAGGGAAGAAGAAGAUGACGUUGAAGUUGAGGUUGAGGGUGAGUAUACCGUAUAUUAGACCCCUCCUCUCGACCUCGGAACGGUACUUCAUUUCUAUCGCGCAGCGUAUGCGUCAUUUCACCGCUGCCGUACGCGAAUUCGUCCAUCCCCCCAGAAAACAAGCUUAA